GUAUUUUUACGGUGGCGGCGACAACAGCCGCUGCAGGCGUGAAGGAGUCAGCUGUUAUUUGUUAACCAAAAAAAAAAAAAAAAAAGAUGUUUUUUUCCCUCGACGUGUAAUUCAAUUGGGGGCGGAAAAUGGAAGUGAAGCCUCGCCGCACUGCGUCGCUCAAAAUGUCUCCGGCGGUACGCGACGAAAGCUCCAGUCAGCUGAAUAAGUUUGAGAAACUCUCAUGGUGGCCCCCCGGCCGAGAUUCAGGUUUCAAAAAGCGAGGACGCUGGCUCCAGGCCCGCCGCAUCUUUUCCCAGGCCUCGCCCAACUUGCGUAUUCCCAACAGGUUCCUGAGAGAAGGACCCUGCGUGCCCUCCGCUCGCAGCGGACACCGCUGUGUGGCGGACAGCACCAACCUCUACGUGUUUGGCGGCUACAACCCGGACUUCGAGGAGGCGGGCGGGGCGGACAAUGAGGACUACCCGCUCUUCAGGGAGCUUUGGAGGUUCCACUUGGCCACAGCGACCUGGCACCGCGUUCAGACGGAGGGCUACAUUCCUACCGAGCUGGCUUCCAUGUCGGCCGUCUUCCACGGCAACAACCUGCUGGUGUUUGGCGGCACCGGGAUCCCCUUUGGCGAGAACAACGGCAACGACGUGCACGUUUGCAACGUCCAGUACAAAGAAUGGAAGCUGCUCCCCUGCCGAGGGACCAAGCCCAACAAGAUCUACGGCCAGGCCAUGGCGAUUAUAAAUGGCUACCUGUACGUCUUCGGGGGCACCACGGGCUACCUUUACAGCACCGACCUGCACAGGCUAGACCUCACGACAAAAGAAUGGACCCACCUCAAGCCCAACAACGCACCCACGGAUCUCCCCGAGGAGCGGUACAGACACGAGCUGGCACACGACGGAAGGAGGAUAUACAUUUUAGGAGGCGGGACUUCCUGGUCGUCAUAUCGCUUGGACAAGAUUCACGCCUAUAACUUGGAGACGAACUACUGGGAGGAAAUGGUCACCAAACCCCACGAGAAAAUAGGAUAUCCUGCCGCCCGCCGCUGCCACAGCUGCGUGCAGGUCCGAGACGAGGUGUUUAUAUGCGGCGGCUACGACGGUCAGCUGAUCAUGCCCGACUUGUGGAAGCUCAACCUCCGCCUUUUUCAGUGGACCAAGCUGCCCGCCGUCAUGCCCGAGCCCUCCUACUUCCACUGCGCCGCCGUGACGCCGGCGGGGUGCAUGUACGUCCACGGAGGCGUGGUCAACAUGUCGGGCAAUGGGAGGACGGGCUCGCUGUACAAAGUGUGGCUGGUGGUGCCCAGCCUGCUGGAACUGGCCUGGGAGAGACUGCUGAAGUGGCGGCCUCACAUGGCGCAGCUCGCCACGCCGCAGCUGCUCGCCAUGGGACUGCCGCACGCGCUCAUCGAGCGACUGAAGUAGGCGGAGCCGCUCGGCGAUUGGACGGCCUCGCAUGGACACGGGAUUGCGGUUCUGAAGCUCGCCUUCAAGGAUUUGCAGUCUAAUUUUUUUUUUUUUUACAUUUUGUAAAUGUGUUUUUAGACAUCCGUGUUGUGCGUCACUCUGACAAUUCAUUUAUUAGUCUAAAAAAGAGAAACAAAUUGGGCGUGACCGAUUACGGAGCCC